AUGGAUGCACAAGACGAUGCAGAAGACGAUGAUGAAGAAGAAGAAUCGUCCCGGCCUUCCGAUUUAGUGUCGACCAUUCCACCGAUAUACUCGUUUCCGAAGGAUAAGCUGUUAUUCGGUCGGAAGAUUGGCGAGGGUGAAUAUGGCAUUGUUAGAAUGGCCCAAGCAAAGGACAUAAUGGUCCACGAACCAUUCACAACCGUUGCCGUGAAGCAAACGAAAGACUGUGGACGUGCUUCGAUCAUCCAAGGAAUGAUUUCCGAGAUCAAGAUGAUGAUUCUGGUCGGCCAGCAUUUGAACAUCGUCAAUUUCUUAGGAGCGGUUACUGAGAAUAUUCAUAGUAAUGAACUGAUGAUCAUCUUGGAGUAUUGCCGUUAUGGAAGCGUGCUUAGCUUCAUGCAUUCUAAAAGAUCGACAUUCGUGAAUUGUAUCGAUGAUCUACCCAUGGCUUGGAUCACUUCUAUUAUGAAACCCGAAUCAAGCGAGCACGACCCAGAUGACGAACCCCAGAUGAUCUUGCGAACCACGGAUCUCGUCUGCUGGGCCACACAGAUCGCGUUUGGGAUGGAGUACUUGUCGUCCAAAAAUAUAUUCCAUGGAGAUCUGGCCGCUCGCAAUGUCCUGCUCUGCGAGAAAGGUGUGGUGAAGAUCGCCGACUUUGGUCUGGCCCGGGAAUUCAACCGCGUCACGUACUAUAAGAAAACUCGCAACGAUCGUGUGCCCUUCAAGUGGAUGGCUCUGGAGAGCAUCUUUGAGCAUAAGUUCAGCAUCAAAACGGAUGUUUGGUCUUACGGCGUGUUGUUGUGGGAGUUGUUCACUCUCGGAAUGCCACCUUAUGCCACUCUGGCAGUGAACGACGUGUUCUUCCAGAAACUAAAGGACGGAUAUCGAUUGGAAAGACCGAAGUACGCCAAUGAGGAUAUUUAUUACACUAUGCUGUCAUGUUGGUGCGUCAACCCAGAGUGUCGGCCAACAUUUCACGCUUUGGGACAGUUUUUCAACUUAAUGUUACCACCCGCGUUGCAGAACCAUUAUCUUGCAUUGAAUGAUCAAUAUCUUCAGAUGAUGACCAGAUAAUUCAAAUCUUAAUGAUCAUCGGACAAACGAACGAGUUAGCAAAUGAACAAUGAUUUCGCUUCAUACUUUUACUUUUACUUCGCAUUUUUA